CCCACCAGCCUCCGCUGAAGCUAUAAGUUUCCGGGGAGGAGGGGCCCUGCUGCGAUCUCGCAGACGCGGCGAGAUGAAGACAGCCCUGCUGCUCCUCCUGCUGCUGGCCGCGGCCGCUGGCCCAGCCCGGGCUCUGCGGUGCUACGUGUGCACCAGCGCCAGCAACUGUGAGAAGACACAGAUCUGCCAGCCCUCCUCGCGCUACUGCAAGACCCAGUACACGGUGGACACCCUGAAAGGGAACCUGGUGGAGAAGGGCUGCGCGGACUCCUGCACGCCCGACACCUACCAGUCUGGCCAGGUCAGCAGCGGCUCCUCCUCCACCUACUGCUGCGAGACGGAUCUGUGCAACCAGAGGCUGCCGGGCCACCCGCCCAGCCGCGUGCCCAGCCGCGCGCCCGCCGGCACCCUGCUCCUCGGCGGCGCCCUGCCCCUGGCGCUGGCCCUGGGCCUCCUCACGCUCCUCUGGGCCCCCGGCCUGUGAGCCCAGGGGAGGUCCUUUCCCGGGCCUUCCCCGGCCCUCCCCGGCCCUCCCCAGCCGUGAUGGGGGCCCCAGGGCUCCUGGGCUGGCACAGCUUCCUCAGGGGUCUGGGCCAGGUCCCAUGGGCAGCCAGAGCCGGGGAGCCCCGCCCCUGCCUCUCCCAGGAUCCCAGGAGGGGAGAGCCCAGCUCCCUGGGCCGGGGAGGGUGGGGACGGGCAUCCUGACCCCUGCCGGUUCCAUAUCUGUCCUGUUUGGUUUCCUUGUUUUUUUUUUAGUUGAAACUCCAGAGGAAUAAAUGAUUAAGAACCA